CCAUAUGUCCCAUCCCCACAUCCGGUUGCCUUUUUAAUCCCCCACCUCAAACCCCAAUACAACCCACCCCACCGAAACCCCAUAGCCAAAAAGAAGAAAGGAAGGGGAAGAGCAACCGGAGGCCAACUUCUACUUCUGGGUAAUCUCCUCUCCCUCUUGUCCCUCUUCUCGUUGGGUCCUCUCUUUCCUCCACCCACCCUCUUUCUCUCUUUAUCUCUCUUUUUAAGAGCCUUUUUUAUUCUUUCUUUCUUUCCUUCUAUUUUUUUGUUCUUUUUCUUUUUUGCUUUCUUUGAUGGGAAGAUGAUGAACCGAGCCAACUCUGCUGAGGCCUAUAUCCCUUCCAUGAUGCCCGUUGUUGGGCUGGAAGGCAGUAGCCAAAAGCUGCAUCUUUGGGACUACGACACCACCACCCCGCUCCACAACCACCCGACCGCCACCGCCAUUCCACCCGCCGCCACCACCGCCCUUGCCCUUGACUACCACCAACCCUUCUUCCCCACCUCCUCCUUCGUCGAUUGCCCGCCCUCCCUCCUCUCCGUCAACAGUUUCCCCUUCUACUCCCCGCACCUCCCCCACUACACCGCGGCGGCCCUCGUCAAGAGGGAGGACUGCGACAGCGCCGCGGCCGGCGGCGGCGGCGCGGGUAAAAUUGGGCUGAAUUUGGGCCACCGGACCUACUUCUCGUCAGGGGAUGCGCUCGCCAUCGACCGGCUCUUCGCCCGGUCCCGGGGGAUGUACUCUCUUAACCACCAGCCGCCGCGGUGCCAGGCCGAAGGCUGCAAGGCCGACCUCUCCGGCGCCAAGCACUACCACCGCCGCCACAAGGUCUGCGAGUUCCACUCCAAGGCCACCGUCGUCAUCGCCGGCGGGCUCCAGCAGCGCUUCUGCCAGCAAUGCAGCAGGUUUCAUGUGCUGACCGAGUUUGAUGAGGCCAAGAGGAGCUGCAGGAAGCGUCUGGCUGACCACAACCGCAGGAGGAGGAAGCCUCAGCUCCCUGCAGCCAACGCGGACUCCUCGGCACCUGAGAAUCCAACCACCAACUCCAUGGAGAAGAGCAAACAGACAGCGAAAGCCCCCAGAGACAACUCAACUGCCAAGUCCACAGCUACCAUAUCGAAUGCCAGUACAAGCUUGGAGGGGCAGCAGGGGUACUCGAACAAGGCAACCCAGUUGAGGACGGCGCCAGCUUUAUCUCUGGGAGGGGUUGGAGCAGUCGAGAAAAGAGGCAUGGGUUCUUCUAGUGCUAUGUGCCAAAGCCAAGGACACUUUGUAGCCAUGACAGAGGAGAAGGUUUCCCCGCAGCAGCAGCACUUCUUCUCCUCUCCUGAGGCAACCAGUGGGACCUUCUUCCACCACCAUAACCUCUUCUGCUCUAGCUCCAAUGAGGCCUCCCAGUCUACAGGAGGGGCCUCAGGCGACACCACCAGCCACCACCGCCAAAGCAACCUCCUCCACCUGGGCCAGACCAUUUUUGAAGUGGACUUCAUGUGAGGAUGGAUGAGAGCCACGACAGGUCCUCAAGACGGACUGUAUCAGUCUUUUCUUUUUCUGCUUCUUUUUCCUUCUUACCCUUUCAGUGGGAAUAAUGUCUUUCUUUUCAGAACUAGCUGUGCUGCAGGAGGGUUUUCAGGAUUUUUGUGCCUUUCUAAAGCUUUAUUUUUUAAACUGUCUUCUUUUCUGAA